CUCCCUCCCGCGUGCUCUCAGUCCCAUGGCGGCGGCGCGGCCGGUGCUGGCUCGGGCCUUACUGCAGCAGUGCCUGUUCGCUCGGCUGCAGGUGAAGCCGCCCGAGUACGGUGCGGAGGCUGAGUGGGAAGAGAUCCAGAGAGGACUUGUUAUCUACAUAUGCUUCUUCAAAGGUGCUGAUGAGGAUCUUAUUCCAAAAAUUGUCAAUGUGCUGUUGAAUGUUAAAUUAAGUGAAAAUGAAAAUGGAGAGUACGUAUCUGUCCUUGAUUUACCAGGCAAUGUGCUCAUCAUACCACAAGCUACGCUGGGUGGUAAACUGAAAGGAAGAAAGAUGCAGUACCAUGCAAACAUUGAAAAAGAAAAAGGAAUGGAACUUUAUUCUCAGUUUGUGACUUUGUGUGAAAAGCAACUGGCUGCCAAUGCCAAAUGCAUGGAAGCAGGUGUUCUUGUUAAACAUGGCACAUAUGGAAACAGGCAGGUGUUAAAGCUGGAUACAAAUGGACCUUACACUCAUCUAGUUGAAUUCUGAAAAAAUAAAUACUAUCACAGUUACAAUA